AUGCCUCUGUUUAUUACCGGUACAACACUUGCAAUUGGUGGGAUAGUUUUAUUAUAUACUCUCCAAUUUGAUAUGCUUUAUCCUUCAAAUUGGCCAAGUGGAUCAAGAAAGUUUGUAGUGAGGCCAUCUAAAUACGGAAUCCCAUAUUCAGAAGUAACGAUAACCACUAGAGAUAACGUUCGUCUUAAAGCAUUUGUUUGUAAACGUCCAGUAGAUCAAGAAGCGCGCAAAAGACCAACGAUACUGAUGUUUCAU